AUUCGCUGUGGCGACCCCUGAAAGGGAACAGCCGAAAGAAGAAGAAGAAGAUAUUUUGAUUCUUUGAUAAAACAAUAAUGCGACUUUGCCUUUGACGGAUUUAUUACAGACGGAGAAAAAGUGCAAUUUUACGUGGAAAAUAACUGAAAGUAAAUAAAAGACGCCGCCUGAGAAGAACAAGCGCAGAGAGACGGGUCACGUGGUCGUCUAGCUUAAUACGUCAUAAACAGGCGCCGUUAAAUUUGUUUACCGCCAGUUCAAAAUGGAGCCGCACUCGGAGGAUAAUUCAUCACUAACAGCCGCUUUACUUUGCUCCGUUUUAAGCCUGAGUGUUCCCUCGGCGUUCGGGAGCCAAAUGUUCGAGCUGUACCAGGUCCAAGCGGCCCUCCUGAGGCGGAGGAGGGUGCGGGAGAUGAUGGAGAGGGACCGGCGGCGGCGGCAGUAUCUGCGGAGGAGGCGAGCGUUCCUGCUGUCCUCCAUCGCCGCUAUUCUGAGCCUCAUCACAUCCACCAACAGACACAUCUGGGUCCGGAACCGAAGCCCCGGGCAGAACUUCUGGUCUUCGGCGGAAUCGUUCGACGAUGAGGAGUGGAAAGCGCAGUUUCGCGUGUCCCGCGCGACCUUCGACUACCUGGUCGAACAGAUCGGACCGGCCAUCAAGCGCCGCAGGACGAACUACCGGGCCCCCAUCGAGCCGCGCCGCAGACUGGCCAUCACCCUGUGGUGGUUCGCCAGGUCCGGAGAGUACCGCUCCAUCGCCAACAUGUUCGGAGUGGGAAUAGCUACUGUGUGUAUGAUUGUGCGUCAGGUCACUUCAGCCAUAGUGGACCGGCUGUACCGGCGCUUCGUGUCGCUCCCGAGCGGACAGCGGCUGGACGACACCAUCCGAGCCUUCAAGGACCGCUGCUACCCGCAGUGUGCCGGGGCCAUAGGCGGGACCCACAUCCCCAUAGCGCCUCCGAGGAACAACCCCGACCACUACAUCAACAAGAGAGGGUGGCACUCCGUGGUCCUGCAGGCGGUGGUCGACCACAGCGUUUGUUUCACUGAUGUGUACGCUGGCUGGCCUGGAAGUACGAGCAGUGCCACGGUGCUGGCCAGCUCAGACCUGUACCUGAAAGCAGAGGACCGCCCAGAUGGUUACCUGUUUCCCAGAGAGAAGUCAGUCGUGGUUGACGGAGUUGAAAUCCCCGUCCAUCUCAUCGGUGACGCACCGUUCCCUCUGAAGCCAUGGCUGAUGAAGGGAUACAGCCAGGAACACCAGCUCUCUCCUGAGCAGCGUCGCUUCACCUACACCCUCACCUCGGCUCGGUCUGUGGUCGACGCUGCUUUCGCUCGCCUGAAAGGACGCUGGAGGUGCCUGCUGAAAAAGAGCGACAUCGACGUCUCGAUGAUGCCCAGAGUCGUCGCUGCGUGCUGCGUUUUGCACAACAUCUGUGAAAAUCUGGGAGACUGUUUCCUUCCUGAGUGGAACGUUGAGAUGGCUCCUUCCGCAAAUUAUUUGAGACAGCCUGAAACAAAACCGUAUGAAGGAGACACGUACUGCACUGCUGAGGUCAUCAGAGACACUAUUACCUAUAACCUGUUGACUAUACUGCAGUACUGAACCCAAAGACUGGCUUCAGACAGAAACUCACUACAGACUUCGUUAAUGCCCGCAGGGAGGCGGUGUGUCGCAGCAGCUCAGUAUAAAUCAGGACUUGGCACUGAGGAACCCUCAUUAUUCCCACACUUUACUGGAGUGUAAAUGCAUCCGAGAAGCAUUCAAGACAGACUGAAUGAUGACUGAUCAGUUCAGCCACUGAAUGAUCUGUUUUCUGUCAGUUACCAAACAGCUUCAGGUUCUUCACCACCUCCUUCUGGGCUGGAAGAGGGCCGACCCUGGUGAGCAUGUAGUCAAGCAAACAAAGACUGAUUGAACAGAGACUCGCAUGUGACUGAGUGUUAAUGAGAGUGUCUUAAAUCUCAUUUGGAUUUUAUCUGGAUACGAGACUCUUGAAAUGAUGGGUGGCAAUGGGGCCUUGGAGUAAAAAGCUUAAAUGGAGGCAUUAUGGAAAACAAGAUGUUUCUAGUGUUGUUAAAGGUGCUGUAAGCGACGUUCACUACCGCUAAAUGUCGCACUAGAGCACCAGCAUCUCGGACCAAAACAAACGGGCGCUACGGCGCACCAGACUCCAUGGAUAAAAACAAUAAUUUUACCUCGCUGAUCAUUGUUAAACGCACAUCAUUCAAACUGGACAAGAACAAAAUAAAACUCACCAAAACCGUC